AUGGAAUUUGAAGGUGGUGAAAGCCAGGCCGACGACUCUGAACCCGAAGAAGUGUCCCUUCGACGCUCUGCCCACAAUGCAAAGGGGAAACAACCAGUCUACACCAGAACAAGGAACCCAAGAUUCCGUGUAACUCUGAAGGAACAUCAUCGAUAUAGACUGCCCCUUAAUAAGGAAUUUGUCACUGAGGCCAAAUUAGCUUACAAAAAAGCCGUGGUGUUGAAGAAAGGAAGCCGUUGUUGGCCUGUUGCACUGCACCAUCCAAAGACAGGACAGUUUAAGCUUACUAUGAGCACCGGCUGGUCAGAAUUCCGUGAAGCAAAUGGAUUAGCCUUUGGGGGCAAGCGCUUGUUCGAGUUCAUUCCUAGUAAGAAUGUUAUUUCGGUUGGGGUGAUCAUGAAUGAAAUUAGCUAG